AUGGAGAGGUUCCCCAGCAGCCCCCUAGGAGGAGGGAAGCGUGAGUCCGUGGCCGAGGAAGAUUCCCCGAGAACUCGUCAGGCCCGCGACGCUCUUCUUCAGGCCCGGGAAGCGCAGGAGGGAUUUGCAGCACGGCAGCUCCGAAGCACGCCUGGCCUCUGGCGCCCCCUUGAGGCGCAGGCUGCUUCCGGGGGCGCCACGCCUUGCGGGGCUCUGUCGGCUGCAGAAGCGCCUCGCGUGCCGGGAGGACGAGGCCGCUGGUUUGCCACUGCAAAGGCGUCAAGACGCGGGACCGGAACAAAUUGUGUGCUUGACAAAUCUUCAGAUCUGCCCAGACAUCUGCUUCCAGGGUCUUACCCCAAGACUCCAGGAGAGCAGGCAGCUGCUGCAAAGAAAUACAACCUGACAUUGGAGGACUACAAGACGUAUGCAGACGAUGGUGUAGGUUAUGGUGACUAUCCCAAACUCCCAGACCAAUCCUUACAUGAAAGAAAUCCUUGGUAUGAGUGGGAUCAACCUGACCUGAGGCGCAAUUUUGGAGAACCAGUCCACCGGAACUUUGAUUUGUUUGUACGGACACGCGUUGAUACGUCCCCCACCCCUGUUUCCUGGCACAUCAUGAAGAUUUAUUUCUGGGGGUUUCUUGGAAUCAUAUUAGUCAUGUCUUAUCUAGGUGAAAUAUUUCCAGUAUACCAACCUGCGGCACCAAAACAGUAUCCUUAUGGGUACCUAAAUUUGGAGAACAAAGGGGAUCCAGAUACAGAACCAGUGAAAAUUAAGCACUAUGAGAUUUAAAAGUAUCUGGAAUUGCAGUUUCUUUUUUGACCUUUGGUAGACCUAUAUUUUGCCUAAUUCUUGUUUUAAAGAUUCUCAUGGAAAAACAAUGAUGAAUGGGUCUUUCGAUAUGUAACCUGUACCCUAUAUUCAUAAAGAAAGGGGGAAAAAUUACAGAAUGUUUGGGUCAUUAUGUGUUGGGCAUAAGAAGAUUGAAUGGUAUAAGGAAAAUAAACAUAAUUAGGCAUAUAAAUGUAUGACUUACUCAAUUUGGGCCUGCUAGUUCUUCUUAGCAGUGGUAUUGGCAAAAUUCCCUUGGGCUUCACUAAAUAAACUGAAUCAAAUGUAAAGUGUUUGUGAACCCUUCUGAACUUUCAGUACUUCUGCAUAAAUAUGACCUAAAAUGUGAUCUGUUCUCCACACAAGUCCUAAAAGAAGAGAAGGAGAACCCAAUUAAACAAAUGAGUGAGAAACAUUAUACAGGCAUACCUCAGUGAUAUUGUGGGUUCAGUUCUAGACUGAAAUAAAGUGAAUAUUGCAAUAAAGCAAGUCACACAAAUUUUUGGUUUCCCAGUGCAUAUAAAAAUAGACUAUACUGUAGUCUAUUAAGUGUGCAGUAGCAUUAUGUCUAAAAAAACUGUACAUACCUUAAUUAAAAAAUACUUUAUUGCUAAAAAAUGCUAAUAAUCAUCUGAGCCUUCAGUGAGUCAUAAUCUAUUUGCUAGUGGAGGGUCUUGUAAAAAAAACACAAUAUCUGCAAGGUGAAAUAAAGUGAAGUGCAAUAAAACGAGGUAUGGCUGAGGAAAA